AUGAUGAAUAUCCUAAGUGGAAUGAUGGGAAUGGGAGGAGGAUUUGGGGGUCAUUACAGCUGCACAAUGAGGGCAUACUCAGCUGCAUUUUUUGAUGCAGACGCGGCCAAAGUCAAUGAGCUAAAUCACGGUGGAAAGAUUUUACUGCCAAAUUCGACGUUGGAUUAUCUCAUUCGUUAUAACGUGCCAUAUCCUAUGCUAUUUAAGGUGUCUUCUACCGGUGAAUCUCCUCGAGCUACAAAUUGUGGAGUGUUGGAGUUCUCUGCUCCUGAGGGGAAGUGCUAUCUUCCGCAAUGGGUUAUUCGUGUUGAUUCUGUGACUUUGCCUUCAGCUACUUACGCGAAACUGAAGCCGCAGUCGUUGGAAUUUCUGAACAUUAGUAAUCCAAGGGCUGUCUUAGAAGUUGAAUUGCGGAAGUUUGCUUGUUUAACGAAAAAUGACGUCAUUGCAGUUAUGGUAGGAUGUUUGCUUAUAUUUACUUUUGUAAAUUCAACCAUUUUUAAAGCACUUGCUCUUAUAAACCGAGGUUUAUAUACAUGUAAAAGCAAUGACAUCUUCGCUCCCCAUUUGCAGUACGCCGAUCAAGUACUCGAAUUCUUGGUGCAAGAAGUGAAACCCAGCAAUGCAGUGUGUAUCAUUGAAUGUGAUCUUAACCUGGAUUUUGAUGCUCCAGAAGGUUAUGUGGAAAAGCCCAAUCCUUUGCGGCAGCCGUCAACCUUUAAACCUCCUGCUCCUGCUAUGAAAUCUUUGCCCGUCGCCAAUGGUGCACAUUUCUCAGCAUUCUCUGGAACUGGGCAGCGCCUUGAUGGAAGGAAAAAACCUUCUUCGAACAGUUUGUGCAGUGAUCAGGGUGAAGAACUGCUCAACACUCUGACUUCUCUGCCUCCAGUUGUAUGCAUCGAAGACUACAAACCAGGGAAGUUGUCCUUUAUUCGCUAUGAUUACAAAUCACGAUUUGAGACGGAGCGUGAAAUGCAGGAAUCGAAGCAGUCUGCAGGGAAAAAGGCAGUGCCUUUUGAAGGUUCGAGUGCCACUAUAAGAAGGAGAUACUGA